UAUAAGAUCAAAAUAAAUAAUACGUUAGAAAUAGUUUAAAAUAUUCAAUGUCUAUCGUUUUCUGUCUAAAAUGCCAUAAAUCGCCAAAUGAGCAAAAUAUUCGGAAAAAUUAACUAUCGGUGUUAACAUUUUUUUAUAGUGGAUAUAAUUAAACAAACACACAGAACGAUGGUUCAAUUAUUCCAAAACAUUAUAUAGAAAUUCCAUACUGUAUAACAUGUAUUUAGUUAAACGCAUUUAAGUAAUUGAACAAUUCUAUGUGAAACUAACAACAAUAGACGUUCACCGAAGUUUCAAAAUAAGCGCAUAUUAAUUUUUUUUGGUGUAUAUGAAAACGUAAUAACCUAUACGUAUUUUGACGAUUUAUUAUGCGUAACGUACAUUAAUUGAUGGAACCGUUGCUUUCGAAUGUAACACAUGCUGCGUAUUUUACUAAUCAAUACAACAAUAUAAUACAUAAUGUGAUAAUGGAAUUUAGAUAUUUUAAAUAAAAGAACGUGGAAACACAUUUUAUAGUGUCAUUAUGACGCGAAAGUGUAUAAUGUGCAAAGAAACCAACUACAGGAAUACUUACAGCUUUUUCUCAGCGCCAAAAGAUCCAGAAACACGUAAAAAAUGGCAAAAUGUAAUUUCCAUUGAAAAUUAUGCUGUCACUGAUGAUACAUAUGUCUGCAGCAAACAUUUCAGCGAAGACGAUAUUAUUACACAUUGGGUUAGUGGAGUACCACCACAUGUUAUAACGAUUAAAUAUAAAAAAUGUAGAUUACGACCAGGUGCUGUGCCCAGUAAAUAUAAUGCUGAAGAUGAAACAACCAAACUUGAAUCUUGCGAUUCCGAUUUAAACAUAAAGUAUUAUUCAUCGUGUAAGGUAAGAAAAACAAGUACGUCGGAAGAAAAAAAAAGGGAUUUUCUGAUACCCAGAACCGAUGAAAAAUUACAAAUAAAUUGCAAUGAGAAUUGUAAAAUUACAUCUUUACAUCGCGAAUCGUCUCAUAAAUUUGACGAUUAUGAUUGUUCGCUGAAUAGAAACUCAUUGACUAAAAAAGAAUUGUCAGAAAAUGGCUCGAAUACAAGUAAGAUACACGAAGAAUCUAAAGUUAAAGAAUGUCUUGAAAAAAAUUUAAAGCAUAUGAAACGAAUUAAAACGGUAUAUCAAAAAGAAGACAGUAUUACUUCUGACACAAACUCGACUAAAGACACGAAUUCUGAAAAUAGAAGGGAAGUACAAACCCAAACAUGUAAAGAAGAUAAUUAUUUGAGCAUGUCUAAAAAUAUAACAGAACCUUCCUCAAUACUUUUUAAUGUCUCUGAAGGAGAUGAUACACCGGUACAAUUAUGGGGAGAAGAAAAAACAAAAGAAAAUACUUGUUAUAACGAAGAGCCAAUGGGUGGUAGUUUUAAAAAAACAGAAGAUUUAUAUGCAGAAAACCAAAUAGAAAAUAAUUUAAAUUAUGAUCAGUUAAACACAUGUUAUUCUAUGUAUAACGAUAUUGAAGAUAGUGAAAUGUUAUUUGAAGAUUUACUUGAAGUAUGCACCGAAUUAUUAUUACCGCCCGGUUGGUCUUGUUUAGUAACUUCAAAGGGGCAUAGUACGACAAUUGUGUAUCUGUACAUGGCAAUGACCAAAAACGGAAUGCCUUUCGCAGAGAAGCAAGUUUUUAUAAAGAGUGAUAUGAUAUUACAUUGUGCUGCUGUAAAUAGAGAAAUUAAUCCACUUAUUCAUAACCUGAUAAGGGAAGGAAAACAUUUAAAAGUACAAAAUUUAUUAGAUGUAGAAGAACUUAUCGAUGAAUUUGAUCAAAGAACCAUUUGUCAAGGUAUAUACAAUACUGAAGGGUUUCAAAAAGUUUCUGAUAUAAAAGUAGCUUAUAAAGAUGGCAUAAAAUGGAGACAUAUUUCAUGCCCAUUAAUAGUGAAUAAUGAUUCAUUAAGAUGUACGAGAUGCAUUACUUUAGCUCAUAAAUUACAACAUAGAUCAAAAAGUUCUCAUUCUUUUUCUUACAAUCUUCCUAUAUUUACGAAAAAAAAACAGAAAGUAUAUACAAUUCGACAAAAAUACAAAUGUACACGGAAACACGACCGUAGAUAUGAAUUUAUAAAAACAUUCAAGGAAUAAAUAAUGUCAAA